AUGUUACUGGAAUUUUUGGCGCUCUUUGGCGUUGCUGUGUUCCUGCUCUAUCGCUGGGCGACGCAACAUUACAGUCAUUUUAAGGACCGUGGCAUACCCUAUAACGAGCCAUGGCCAUUUGUGGGCAGUAUGUCCGAUAUGUUCCUGCGUCGCAAGUCCAUGUUUGAUGUCGUCAUCGAUCUUUACAAUCAAGGCCAGGGCAAACUUUACGGUAUCUUCGAGCAACGCAAACCACUGCUAAUGAUUCGGGAUCCGGAAUUAAUCAAACAAAUUACCAUAAAAGAUUUUGAUCAUUUUAUAAAUCAUCGUGAUGUGUUUGGCAGUGGCGAUGAGAACGAUACGGAUAAUUUGUUUAGUAGCUCGCUGUUCUCGAUGCGUGAUGGCCGCUGGAAGGAUAUGCGCACCACUUUAAGUCCUGCCUUUACGGGCAGCAAGAUGCGUCAAAUGUUUCAGUUGAUGAAUCAGGUGGCGCAAGAGGCCGUAGAAGGCCUGAAGAACGAGCCUAUGGUGGAUAAUGAGCUGGAGUUGGACUUGAAGGACUAUUGUACGCGAUUCACCAACGACAUAAUCGCCUCGACAGCUUUUGGAUUGCAAGUGAACUCUUUUAAGGAGCGCGAAAAUACGUUUUAUAUGAUGGGCAAGAAAUUGACAAACUUUACGGCUUGGCAGAACUUCAAGUUCUUGCUCUUUACUAGUUGUAAGAGAAUUAUGAAGCUAUUAAAAAUGACGCUCUUUGACAAACAAACUACGGAGUAUUUCAUGCGCCUCGUGCUCGAUUCCAUGAAAUAUCGUCAGGAGCAUCAUAUUAUACGGCCAGAUAUGAUCAAUAUGCUGAUGGAAUCACGUGGCAUGUUGCCAUCGGACAAGCCCAAGCCCUUGCAUAAUCGGGAAUGGAGCGAUGUUGAUAUUGUUGCCCAGUGUUUUGUCUUCUUUUUUGCGGGCUUCGAGACAUCGGCGGUGCUGAUGGCCUUCACAGCGCAUGAGCUAAUGGAGAAUGAGGAUGUGCAGGAUAGGCUAUACGAGGAGGUGUCGCAGGUUGACAGUGACCUGGAGGGCAAAGAAUUGACCUAUGAGGCACUGAUGGGCAUGAAAUAUAUGGACCAAGUCGUAUCGGAGGUUUUGCGCAAAUGGCCAGCUGCCAUAGCUAUAGAUCGAGAGUGUAACAAGGACAUCACCUACGAGGUUGAUGGAAAAACCAUAGAGAUUAAAAAGGGCGAAGGUGUCUGGCUGCCCACGUGUGGAAUUCAUCGUGAUCCCAAGUACUAUGAGAAUCCCUCAAAAUUCGAUCCAGAUCGCUUUAGCGAAGAGAAUAAAGACAAAAUACAGCCCUUUACAUAUUUCCCAUUCGGCGUUGGUCAACGUAAUUGCAUAGGUUCACGUUUUGCGCUGCUGGAGGCCAAGUCUGUUAUAUUUCAUCUGUUGCGUGAUUUUCGGUUUGCCGCUGCAAAAAAAUCAACCGUUCCUCUGGUGCUCAGCGCUUCCGGCUUCCAGCUGAAGCCGAAAACUGGCUUUUGGCUAAAACUCAUCCCCCGCAACUAAGCCGAACAAUGUAUUUUUUAUUGCUGUUUCAGUUGUGUUACACAUGCCAUUUCUGUUGUUGUUGUUUGAUUUGAGGCGCAAGCCAGUAUAGUAAUUAAAAACGAAUACAAAUGUCCAAUAAAAAUAUAUUGGAAACACACAAA